CGCGGAGGAGAUGGCCUUGUCCACCGUGGAGAGCUUUGUGGCCCAGCAGCUAGAGCUGCUGGAGCUGGAGCGGGACGCCGAAGUGGAGGAACGCAGGUCCUGGCAGGAACACAGUUCUCUGAAAGAGCUCCAGAGCCGAGGGGUGUGUUUGCUGAAGCUUCAGGUAUCCAGCCAGUGCACCGGGCUGUACGGACAGCGGUUGGUCACCUUUGAGCCCAGGAAAUUGGGGCCUGUGGUGGUGCUUCCCAGCAACAGCUUCACAUCCGGGGAUAUUGUGGGUCUGUAUGAUGCUAAUGAAAGCAGCCAGCUGGCCACUGGGGUCCUGACCCGCAUCACCCAAAAGUCAGUCACAGUGGCCUUUGAUGAGUCCCAUGAUUUCCAGUUGAACCUGGACCGAGAGAAUACGUACAGACUGCUGAAGCUCGCCAAUGAUGUCACGUACAAGCGACUGAAAAAAGCGCUGAUGACACUGAAGAAAUACCACUCUGGGCCAGCGUCCUCACUCAUAGACGUCCUUUUGGGUGGUUCCUCCCCGAGUCCCACCACUGAAAUACCCCCAUUCACUUUCUACAACACGGCCCUGGACCCUUCCCAGAAAGAAGCUGUGUCUUUUGCACUGGCCCAGAAAGAAGUUGCCAUCAUCCAUGGGCCUCCUGGCACCGGGAAGACUACAACUGUGGUGGAAAUAAUCCUCCAAGCUGUGAAGCAAGGCUUAAAGAUUCUGUGCUGUGCUCCCUCCAACGUCGCUGUGGACAACCUGGUGGAGCGUCUGGCUCUGUGUAAGAAGCGGAUUCUGCGCCUGGGGCACCCCGCCCGCCUCUUGGAGUCCGCUCAGCAGCACUCACUGGAUGCAGUGCUAGCUCGGAGUGACAACGCCCAGAUUGUUGCUGAUAUCAGAAAGGACAUCGACCAGGUCUUUGGCAAGAACAAAAAGACCCAGGAUAAGAGAGAGAAAAGUAAUUUUCGAAAUGAAAUUAAGCUACUGAGGAAGGAACUGAAGGAGCGAGAAGAAGCAGCCAUAGUUCAGAGCCUCACUGCUGCAGACGUGGUCCUAGCCACCAACACAGGUGCAUCUUCCGAUGGCCCUCUGAAGCUGCUGCCUGAGAACCACUUUGAUGUGGUGGUGGUGGACGAGUGUGCCCAGGCCCUGGAAGCCAGCUGCUGGAUCCCCCUGCUGAAGGCCCCAAAAUGCAUCCUAGCCGGAGACCACAGACAGCUGCCACCUACCACCAUUUCUCACAAGGCAGCACUGGCUGGGCUGUCCCGCAGCCUGAUGGAGCGUCUGGUGGAGAAGCAUGGCGCUGGUGCGGUAAGAAUGCUGACAGUUCAGUACCGAAUGCACCAGGCCAUCACUCGCUGGGCCUCGGAGGCCAUGUACCAUGGGCAGCUUACCGCCCAUCCCUCUGUGGCAGGACACCUCCUGAAGGACCUCCCAGGUGUGGCUGACACAGAGGAGACAAGUGUCCCCCUGCUGCUCAUAGACACAGCCGGCUGUGGACUGUUGGAGCUGGACGAGGAGGACAGCCAGUCCAAGGGAAACCCCGGCGAAGUUCGCCUCGUCACUUUGCACAUCCAGGCACUGGUGGAUGCUGGGGUCCAUGCAGGUGACAUUGCUGUCAUCGCACCCUACAACCUUCAGGUGGACCUGCUCAGACAGAGCCUCUCCAACAAGCACCCUGAGCUCGAGAUUAAGUCUGUUGAUGGCUUCCAAGGCCGAGAGAAGGAGGCUGUGAUCCUGACCUUUGUCAGGUCCAACAGGAAAGGUGAAGUUGGUUUUCUGGCUGAGGACAGGCGGAUCAAUGUUGCUGUCACCCGUGCCCGGCGCCAUGUGGCAGUCAUCUGUGAUUCCCGCACUGUCAAUAACCAUGCCUUUUUGAAGACCCUGGUGGAUUAUUUCACAGAGCAUGGGGAGGUACGCACAGCCUUUGAGUACCUGGAUGACAUCGUCCCUGAGAACUACACCCAUGAGGGCUCCCAGGGCCACAGCCAUGCUCCCAAGCCCAGGGGCCCUGUCACCUCCAUCAGGAAGCCUACCAAUGAGCAGGAGAAUGGCCAAGAGGCCAGAGCAGCUGCUGGACAGGGCCGCAGGAAGCCGAACGAGAGGCCCCCGGGCUCUCAGGUCCACUCCCAGCCCAGCUCUGGUGCGAGAGGCUGUGAUAGAACUGGAGCAAUAGACCGCACAGAGCACUUUAGGGCCAUGAUCGAGGGGUUUGUGGCCAGCAAGGAGUCACAGUUGGAGUUUCCCGCAUCCCUGAGCUCCCAUGACAGACUACUAGUCCACCAGAUAGCUGAGGAGCAUGGGCUAAGGCACGACAGCACCGGGGAGGGGAAGGCCCGGCACAUCACUGUGAGCAGGAAGAGCCCUGCAGGUUCUGGCGGUGUGGCCCCACAGCUUCCUUCACCCCCCAGCCCUGCACAGGCUGAGCCUGAACCACUGUCACAACAGCCCCUUGGGCAGCCACAUUGCUCCACACAGCUGGAUCUGAAGGCACUGCACCUGCAGAGGCUGCAGAGACAGCAGGGCAGCCAAGCCCAACCCGCCAAGGCACAGCCAGGUGUGGGUUUGCAUCCACAGAAGACUCAACAGAAGAAAAAGAAAAAAGAAACAAAAGGUCCAGCUCUGCCCUGCGAGGAGGACUUUGAUGCCCUGGUGUCAGCUGUGAUUAAGGCUGACAACACCUGUAGCUUUGCCAAGUGCACGGCCAGCACCACCACCCUGGGCCAGUUCUGCAUGCACUGUAGCCGCCGCUACUGCCUCAGCCAUCACCUGCCUGAGAUCCACGGCUGUGGUGAAAAGGCUCGCGCCCAUGCCCGGCAGAUGAUCAGUCGGGAAGGAGUACUCUAUGCAGGCAGUGGGACCAGGGAUAGGGCUCUGGACCCGGCCAAGAGGGCCCAACUGCAGAGGAGGCUGGACAAGAAGCUGGGUGAGCUCAGCAGCCAGAGGACAAGCAAGAGGAAGGAGAAGGAGAGGGGGACAUGAGGCGAUGUCCCCAUGCAGGGCCGAGUGGGGCAGAGGGCCAGGGCCUGUGACCAGCUUCCUCGGCAGCAGGUGGAACACAGUCCAGCACUAGCCAUUUCUAUGCUCAUUCUGGCAUAUCCCCCUGUUCCUCAGUGACAAGGGUGGUGUUCUCAAAGAGACCUGCUUGGUCUUAGACUCCAUCAGAUUAACUGCCUGACUGCCCAGACCCCAUUAAUGCUGCUCAGGUGCGUGUCCUGAGAAGUGAGUGCCGUGCAUGGCUAGCUGGCCAUGGCCACCUCCAUCCUGUCUUCAAUGACACAGUGGGCAUAAAGUGUGUGCUCUGGGGAUAGGAGGGUGGCUGCUCCAGGGCUGGGAGGCUCCUAGCCUGUGAUUGCCUGCACUCUGCUGCUGCUUGGUGACUGGUGAGAAGGAGCCAUCCCAGGGCACCUCACUGCUCACCUCACAAAGUCUGCAUCCUCUCCA